AUGGCGUAUGCCGAGAGCCUCAAGGUCGGCAUGGAGCGCUGGCCAGACAAGACGAGAUUUUGGCGGAGGCACAUGGGCACUCUGUGGCACGGCGCCGUGCAACAGGAGAUUAUUUCCGCUACGUCUCGGGACUGGGCUGCCCCAAGAUUCGAUUCCGCGGACGAGGCGCCUAGUUCAAGCGCUGAGCCUGCAACGGUGGAGGACUCCAGCGAGAAGGUCUGGGCAUCGCUUCUUCAAAACAGAUUUCUGUGGUGCAUGGCAGCCAUGCACUUCUUCAUCUACUUCAUCCGGCAAGGUGUGCUAAAUUGGGCACAUUUCUACAUCAUGGAUGAGUUUGGUGUUCCAGCCCUGGAGGCAACGGCACGAGUCAGCGGCUUCGAACUCGGAGGCCUGCUCGGCUGCAUCGUCUCCGGCCAGGUCUCCGACUGGCUGAUCAGCCGCUACCCGAAGCGAGGGGCAGCGGGCUUGCGAGCCCAGGUCAUGAUUGCAUACUCCCUUUUCGCAGCCGCUGCGGUCUUUUGUCUGUGGGUGGUACCACCUCUUGCAGUCCUCCAAUGGCUUGCGAUGGCUGCGUUCGGCUUCGCCAUCUAUGGGCCGCAGACCCUGAUCACCAUGACUGGAGUAGAGACGGUGCCGCGCAAGGCUGCUGCAACGGCUGGAGGUCUGUUAGCCUAUCCGGCGCAGCUGGGCUCGAUGUGUGCAGGACUGCCCUUUGCCCUCUUGGUCCAGGAAUACGGAUGGGGUGGCUUCUUUCCGAGUCUCAUCAUCCUGAGCAUGGUGUCCGCCGUGGUGAUCAUCCCCGGCUGGAACACGCCCUCGUACCGCCAGGCACAUCUCGCAGCAUGA